CGCGGGUGCGAGCCCGGCCCCGGCGGCUCCCGCUGUCCCCUCGGGGUCCCCUCGGUGUCCCCUCGGUGUCCCCUCUCUGUCCUGUCUGUGUCCCCUCUGUGUCUUCUCAGUGUCCCUUCGGUGUCCUCUCUCUGUCCCCUCGGGGUCCCCUCGGUGUCUUCUCAGUGUCCCUUCGGUGUCCCUUCGGUGUCCCCCGGUGUCCCCCGGUGUCCCCCGGCCAUGCUGCGUGACCAGGACACCGAGGCGGAUUUCCAGCGCUUCCUGCGCCGCGUGGACGAUGUCACCAAUUUGCUGCAAGGCCUGAAGUCCCCAGACUCGGCUGUGCAGGAAAAAGCCAUUGCUGAGACAGAGAAAAGGCUCCGAGAGCACGGGGCCAGCCGGGAGGAGGAGGAGGAGGAGGAGGAGAGCAGGACCACGGUGAACAGAACACUCAUCAACACUUCUGGCACGCCGAGGGUGCAGGCAGCAGAUGCAGAAAUGACUCAGAAGCACCGUGGGAAUUGUUGUUUUUUCCCUGUUUUAAUGAAGUUUGCUGUUUUUCCCCAACUCUGCUGGCUGGCAGAUGGCUUCCUGGCAGCUCUGGAGAAGGAUGCCAAGGAGCGAGCCCAGCGCAGGAGGAGGAACGAGCAGCUGGCAAACGCCCUGAAGGAGCAGGGCAACGAAGCCUUCAGGGCAGGAGACUUUGCCCUGGCCAUCCAGAGGUACUCGGAGGGGCUGGAGAAGCUGAGGGACAAGCAGGAGCUCUACACAAACAGGGCCCAGGCCUACCUGAAGCUCCAUGAGUAUGAGAAAGCCCUCAGUGACUGUGAGUGGGCAUUAAAGUGCAAUAAGAACUGCCUGAAAGCCUAUUUCCUCAUGGGGAAGGCUCACCUGGCCCUGCAGCACUUCUCUGAGUCCAGGCAGUGCUAUGAGAAGAUGCUGCAGAUCGAUCCCCAGAAGGAAAAGCUGUUCAAAGAGUGUGUGAGCCAGGCCCGCCGGGAGCAGCAGCGGCUGCGGGAGGAGCGGAGAGCACAGACGGAGCUCCGGGCCGGGAGCGCGGCUGCUCGGAGCAUCCAGGAGCUGCUGCAGAGCCUCCUCAGCCCUGGCCGCGCCAUCCCCUACUACACCGGGGCCCUCCGGCUGCUGGCAGGAGCUGUCAGCACUUGCACCGGGCAGACGCUCUUCAGGACCAACAAAGGCUUCAGUAUCCUCAGCAGCGAGGCUGUCAGAGGGGCCUUCUGUGCAGAGAGCAGGAGCCCAGCUGAGGUGGAGCUCUGUGUUUCCCUUCUCCUCCUGUGGCAAGCUGCCUGUGCUGGCAAUGAGGAAAAUCAGCGUGUCCUGCUGGCCCAGCCCCAGGUGGGGGCCCAGCUGCCAGAGCUGCUCUCCUGUGGCACAGCCCAGAUCCAGAGGGAGACCCUGGCCCUGAUCUCCCUCUACUCUGAGCACGAGGGGGGCCGGAGGCUGCUGGGCAGGCAGGACCUGAGCAGAUGGCUGCAGGUUUUGAUGGAGUUUGUCAAGUGCACUGAUGCCAGGGCUGAUCGUGCCAUGGACAUCCUGUCUGACUUGAGUGGGGAGGAAAGGUUCCAAGCCCAGUGUCAGGCCACGUUUCCCACGGCUGUUUCACCUUUCUUCACCCAGCUGCUGGUGUGUGCCAGGCAGGUGUGUGCCAGGCAGGUGCCCUGGGCAGCCCUGGCCCGAGGUCUGGCCGUGCUGGGCAGGCUCUGUGCAGAUGUUGGGCUGAGGGCACAGCUGGCUCAGAGCAGGGAGUGCUGGCAGGCCAGCCUGGAGCUGCUGGACGGGUGCCCUGCUGCCAGCCCUGGGCACCAGCAGUGUGUGUUUGCCCUGCUGGGGCUGCUGAUGAACCUGCUGCUCGAGUCCAACAGCACCAUCCAGGACUUUGCUGUGCCCAUCAGUGGCAGGUGCCUGGCUCUGCUCAGCCAUCAGGACGGGAGGAUUGUCACAAGAGCCACGGGAGUGCUGAGCCGGGUCCUGCCCGCGGCGCCCUCGGCCGUGCACGAGGUGGUGGCAGCAGGAGUGGUGAAGAAAAUGCUCAAACUCUUGAGAGCUGGGGGACAGCUCACUUCCAGCUAUGCCAUCAAGACCCUUUCCGUCUGCACCAAGAGCAGCAGGAGAGCUCAGGAGGAGCUGCUGAAGGGGGAUAAAAGGUUCCAGGUGCUGCUGGGGCUGCUGCACUCCGGGGAUGAGCUGACAGUGGGCAAUGCAGCUUUCUGCCUCAGCCAGUGCCUGCUGCUGCCCGGGGCUGCCUCGGCCCUGCUGGGCUCCAGCGUGGUGCAGCUGCUGCUCAGGCACGCCGGGGGUGAUGCUGCCAGGACCUCUGUGCAGCAGAACUCUGCCAUUGCCCUGGGCAGGCUCUGCGUGGCUGAGCCCAGGCACAUCCAUCAGCUGAGGAAGCUCAAUGGCCUGGCCAUCCUGAACUCCUCCAUGAAAUUCCUGCACAGCAGCUGAGCUCCUCAGAGCCCUCCAGGGCCCUGCAGCUCGCUGCUCCUGACUUUGCUUGGCUUUAAUAAAAUUAAUUCAAAGCACA